AAAGUGAAACUUACUGAGUCACUGUGUUUGAGAUGAAAAAUGGAGCAGGAGGCUGUUCAGCUGGACCGAGAAACCUUUUCUUGUUCUAUCUGCCUGGAUCUACUGAAGGAUCCAGUGACUAUUCCCUGUGGGCACAGUUUCUGUUUAAGCUGCAUUAAAACACACUGGGAUGAAGAGGAUCAGAAAAGAAUCUACUGCUGUCCUCAGUGCAGAGAGAUCUUCACACAGAGGCUUGUUUUAAAGAAGAACACCAUGCUAGCAGCUUUAGUAGAGCAGCUGAAGAAGACUGGACUCCAAGCUGCUCCUGCUGAUCACUGCUUUGCUGGACCUGAAGAUGUGGCCUGUGAUUUCUGCACUGGAAGAAAACUGAAAGCCAUCAAGUCCUGUUUAGUCUAUCUGGCCUCUUACUGUGAGAAACACCUUCAGCCUCAUUAUGAUUCAGCUACAUUUAAGAAACACAAGCUGGUGGAGCCCUCCAAGAACCUCCAGGAGAACAUCUGCUCUCAACAUGAUGAGGUGAUGAAGAUGUUCUGUCGUACUGAUCAGAAGUGUAUCUGUAGUAUUUGUUUAAUGGACAAACAUAAAGGCCAUGACACAGUGUCAGCUAAAGAAGAAAGGACUGAGAGGCAGAGAGAGCUGGAGGAGAGACGAGGAAAAAUCCAGCAGAGAAUCCAGGACAGAGAGAAAGAUGUGAAGCUGCUUCAACAGGAGGUGGAGGCCAUCAAUCACUCUGCUGAUAAAACAGUGGAGGACAGUGAGAAGAUCUUCACUGAGCUGAUCCGUCUCAUCCAGAAAAGAAGCUCUGAUGUGAAGCAGCAGAUCAGAUCCCAGCAGGAAACUGAAGUGAGUCGAGUCAAAGAGCUUCAGGAGAAGAUGGAGCAGGAGAUCACUGAGCUGAAGAAGAAAGAAGCUGAGCUGAAGCAGCUCUUAAACACAGAGGAUCACAACCAGUUUCUCCACAGCUACCCCUCACUGUCAGCACUCAGUGAGUCUACACACUCAUCCAGCAUCAAUAUCCGUCCUCUGAGACACUUUGAGGAUGUGACAGCAGCUGUGUCAGAGCUCAGAGAUAAACUACAAGACAUUAUUCGAGACACAUGGACAAACUUUUCACUGACAAUCACUGAGGUGGAGGUUCUACUGUCAGAACCAGAACCAAAGAGCAGAGCUGGAUUCUUAAAAUAUUUGUGUUUAAUCACACUGGAUCCAAACACAGCAAAUAUGUAUCUAUUGCUAUCGCAGGGAAACAGGAAGGUGACAUGGAUGGGUCAACAUCAGUCUUAUUCUAGCCACUCAAAAAGAUUUACUGGCUGUUCGCAGGUUCUAAGUAGAGAGAAUCUGACUGGACGUUGUUACUGGGAGGUGGAGUGGAGAGGGACUGUAGUUUAUGUAGCAGUUGCAUACAAGGAUAUCAGCAGAGCAGGCAGUGGGAUUGAAAGCAGGUUUGGAUCUAAUAACAAAUCUUGGGUAUUAGACUGUUCAAAAGCCAGCUCUAGAUUUGGCCACAACAACAUGUGGACCUCCAUCUCAGGUCCUGUUUCCUCCAGGAUAGGAGUGUACCUGGAUCACUCUGCAGGUAUUCUGUCCUUCUACAGCGUCUCUGAAACCAUGACUCUCCUCCACAGAGUCCAGACCACAUUCACUCAGCCGCUACAUGCUGGACUUUUAGUUGGUUUUAACUGUGGAGACUUUGCAGAGUUCUGCAAACCCAAAUAGAUUUGUUUUGUCUUUUUUACUUAUGGUAUAUCAAGGUUCCCAGGUUUUAUAUCUCGGUUUUGCCGUUUUGUUCUUUAUUUUUCUAUUUUAUGUUACUCUGUCUGAACCCCUUAUCUAGCCAACAAAAUCU